AUGUCGAAUAAGGGAUUAUCUCUUGACCAAAUAUGUACUAUCAUGCGUAAAGCUGCAGCUAUAACAGUACCAAUUGAACAGAUCUUUGAUCCUGUUACGUCCGAUAUCAUCAAAAAUAUCAUCAUAUUGAAUACAUCUCAGCUAUUAUUGGGUAUCCUGGCUCGAACAAAACCACUACUGCGGACAUCAGGCGAUAUAUUUGGCUCUGUUGUUGCGGAUAGCGAAGCAGAAAUUACAUUAUUAGAUGUUAAUGAACCAAGUUUAGUUCAUUUAUUGUAUGCCCUACAUUUGCUGAAUACAGACGAGGAUGAAUCAAAACGAAUAAUUUAUCAAUAUUCUGAAGAAGCGUUGGAGAUGAUAAAUGAAAAAUGGAACGGAUACACAUUAAUCGUCCGAGAAGCCAUUGAAUACGAUUCAUUUUUAACUUCGAUCUAUGCUAUAACAAAGGUUCAAAUAAACCGUCUCGUUGGCGCCUUAGAUAAUGUUCGUAUUGCCGAUAUGAUACUUGAAAUAGUUCGUGAUCAACAGCAAGGAUUAUCCUACCAUGAUUUCAAAAUAGACACCAUGGAACGUAUAAAAUCCGCAGUGGAAGAAUUCAAAAGAAAUAAAAGAUUCGAAACAAUAUCAUCAGUAACAGCUCAAUCGUCUCUAGCUCUAAUGGAUUAUUACAUCUGUCAGAAGAAAAUCUAUGCUAACAGAAAGAUAGAAGAAACACUGAAAGAACUUCGAGCUCAAUGCGAAGAACAAAAUGAUGAAGCGCAACAAGAAAAUCAGUUCAUAAAACUUGGUAAAGAAAAAGUCGGAAGUGCAAGGAAAGCCUCGACAUUUAUAACCAAAAUUAAUAUCGAUAUAACGACAGCAUCAAAUGAAAUUGCUGAUUUUGGACAAAAACUGUCAAAGUAUGGUGUAUCAUUGCUGCAAUAUAAAGAUUCGUUUCGAACAAUACACGGUGAUGGGUCAACUGAUGAUGAUGGAAUGAAUACUGGAGAUCCAGCUCCAUCAAGAUUAUAG